CAAUAUAAAAUUGGAGAAAUACAAAUUUUAUAGUUAUGAAAAGUUUAUUAAUAGAGAAAAUACAGGACACUAUAUUUCGAGUGUCCAUACACCUAUACUCUUUGGUUACAGGUGAUAGGCACUCUGCUGCAGCCUGCUCCUUCCCCAGAUUGGGAGGAGAAUGUUCAUGCUAUUAUGACAGGCACUCAUGGUCUGUUACCCUCAAUUCUUCUGAGACUAUCUUUUCAAGUUUCAGUAUACUACAUAUGUCAUGGCGUGAGAGAAAUGAUGGAAGGCAUUCUCAAACUGCUCAGAGAAAUGAUAGAAGGCAUUCUCAAACUGCUCGUCCGGUUGGUCAACUAGCAAGGAUCAUAGACAAAACAAUAAGGCAGAUAAUUUUAUCUACUGGUUAUGUGAGAUAUCAAACUAAAUCACACAUUGGAAAAUUAGACAAGGAAUAUCUAAUAUAUAAAAAGAUGUCCAACUCUAAUUAGUACGAGGCCUUUUGGGAAGGAAACCAAAAGUAAAUCCAUGUGGGCUUGCCUAAGGCCCAAAGUGGACGAUAUCCUAUUAAUCAAACAAUAUAGAGUUGGACAUGAAUUUAAUAAAUCUCAACAAUUGGUAUCAAAGCGGUUGACAAGAAAUCUGCAAGAAAACCAAAAUACCCUUCAAGUAGGAACGAGAUCCAUCGAGUUAGGAUUGUGAGGUAUGUAGUAGAGAACAAGUCAGAAGAUCCUGAAAGUCAGUUGUGGGACACGAGAUGAAUAUGGUCCUUAAUUUGAGGGGAAGAAUGUGAGAUAUAAAACUAAGUCCCACAUUGGAGAAUUAGACAAAGAAUGUCUAAUAUAUAAAAAAAUGUCUAACUCUAAUUAGUACGAGGCCUUUUGGGAAGGAAACCAAAAGUAAAUCCAUGCGGACUUGUCUAAGGCCCAAAGUGGACAAUAUCAUACUAAUCAAACAAUAAAAGAUGGACAUGAAUUUAAUAAAUCCCAACAGGUUAUACUGAGAAACUGAAGCUGAAGAGGUUGCUGCAAUGUUGGUUUGGAGGUCAUAUUGGUCAGGCCUAGUUCGGGCAAGCUAUUUCAUUUCAUUAAGCAUUUUUAUGUAUAUAAACAUUCUUUUCUAAAUUAUCUAUAAAUUAAACAUUUCAUCAAAAAAAAAUAUAGAGGACACUAUAAGUCUAUAUGCAGUAUAAUAGAUAAUAGAUAAUUACAUAGACAACACACAAUCAUAAGUAAUUGGUUGGAUUUUAUCUUUUGUUCUUUAGCUUUAUUUAUUUUUAAAUCAUUAAUUUUAUCAAAUUAGGAGCAUAAGGUAGAAAUCGAGAUACUCUUCUUAAGUGAGGUUCUGAUGGUGAAAAUCGGAUCUUGAACAUUUCGAUCUUUUACCUUUGAUCCAGCGUUCGAUGCCAUGGAAUCUUGAAGAGUCUUCGAACAGAGGGGGAACCGGAGAAUCUAGUCUCAGUGAGCUGAGAGCCUCGAGCGCCACUAAAAACAAAGGAGAAUUUGAGUUUCUUUUGUUUUUAUUGUUAUGGAAUUGGAUUGAAGUGUUUCUGAAGAAAAUAACGAGAUAGUGUAAACAUAGAGUAGGUGGAGAGGAAUUUCCGUGACAAGUGGUAGGAAAGUGUGAAGAUGCUCUGGUCCUUUCUAUUUGUAAUGUUACGGUAAAUCUGGAUGAUUCAAGUUGUAGCUCUAGGUGAUGUAGUUCAUGUUUGUUCUCGUGCACGUGUAAUCUGUUAUUUUAUGAAAUUUGAAGAUAAUAAACCAAUAAUACAAAUCCAAUAAAAAUAACAAGAUUCACCUUUAUAUUAAACAAAUUCUUGCAAUUGAAUAACACUUGAUUUCAAAAUCCAUUUUAAAGUAAAAAAACAAUAACAUUAGAUUUGAAUAUGGAUUUUAAAAUCAUAAAACAAGUAACACUAGAUGUGAAUAAAGAUUUUCAAAUCAUAAAACCAAUAACACUAGAUUUGGUUUGAAUGUAAAAUUUCAUUAAAAUAUACAAACCAUUAACACUCUAUAAAACAAAACCGGUUUUUUGGUUAAGUUCGGUUUGGGAGUAGGUUAGUUCAGUUUUCUAUAAACAAUUUUACCAAACAAUACCAGUUUUAACCAAAAUUUCAAACCAAAGUCAAAUUAUAAACCAAACUAACUAAACAAACCGAAAUAACUGAACGAAAGAAAUAUUUUGAAUGUUUUCAAUUUAAACCUAAAAUUUAAUUAAAACAAAAGAAAUUUGUAUAGAAAAUUUUGAAACCGAACUAAUAAAAAAACGAACCGUACCAAACUGAAUUUCUUUUCGGUUAACUUGUGUGAGAUUUUGACCGAGUGAACUAACUAAAUUCCGAACCAACCAAAAAAACGACCCACAUACUUAUCUUUGAUAGUCCUAAGAUUUUUAAAUUACACCACAAGCAAGUACAUGAAUCUUAUUAGUUAUUUUAUUAAUUGCUUUUGAAUGCAUAAAUAUUUGUUUCUCAUUUUGUUUUCUCUUGGAUGUAUAUUCUAUGGUAUAUUCAAGUUCCUUAUGUAAUAUAUAUGUUUUAUUUUAUUUUAGUAUUUAUGUGUAUGUCACAGUACAUUUAAACAAGCAUAUAGUAUUUCGUACAUUUGUACUCCUACGAUUUUAAAAUUACGUUAUAUCGAUUAUUUUUUAUGUAACAUAUAUAAUAUAUAUGAUGAGGCGUGUAAAAAAAGCGUUAAGAGUAAGAAAUGUCUCUGCUUUUCAAACUAGUUGCCAAACCCUUUGUAAGUUUUGUUAUCAAAUCUCAUUUUGUUAAGUUUUGGAUAUACUACAUAAUAUUUGUUUCUCAUUUAGUUUUCUCUUUGGAUGUGUAGUCUACUGUAUAUUUAAAUUCCUUAUGUAGUAUAUAUAUUUUGUAAAUAUUUAUAUAUGUCACAAUACAAUUAAACAAGCACAUAGUAUUUCAUAGUCCAUGGUAAGUUUUGUUAUCAAAUCUCAUUUUGUUAAGUUUUGGAUAUACUACAUAAUAUUUGUUUCUCAUUUAGUUUUCUCUUUGGAUGUGUAGUCUACUGUAUAUUUAAAUUCCUUAUGUAGUAUAUAUAUUUUGUAAAUAUUUCUGUAUAUAUGUCACGAUACAAUUAAACAAGCACAUAGUAUUUCAUAGUCCAUGGUUUUGAAAAUUACGUUACAAGCAAUUAUAUGAAUUUCACAUAACAAAAUAUACAGUGGGGAUUGUAAACAAAGCGUUAGAGUAAAACAUGUCUCUGCUUUUCAACAUAGUUGAAAAACUCUUCGUUCAAGAAGGGGACAAGGACCGUUUCUUCACAUGUCCACGAAAAACCCCCUACAUGCUGGUUGAUGUUACUGUUGGAGAAGACGAAUCGUCAACCGAUGAAGAAAACAAAAUUACAGAUUAUUGGGUAUACAAUCCAAGGAGUGAAAAAAUUAUCAAUAUUACUGGAAAGAAAUUCCCAAAAGUGUUGUCGGGAGGAGGCUUACUCCUGGGAGGAUCACGUGGCUGGGCAAUUUUCAUGAGCUACCCUGAUUACACCAUACAUCUCAGCCAAGUGUUUAAUCCUUGGUGCACAGAGUCGUCUCCCAAAACUAUUACUCUGCCUCCAUUAACUGAUCACCUUGUUCCUCAUGUCGAAAUGAAUGGAAAUGUUUCGCUGUCCACUUAUUUUCCCAACCAGGACGAUGAUUAUAUAGUGUGUUUCACCAUCUUUGGAUCUAAACUUUGUUAUUGUAUGCCUAAUCGAGAUUCGGACUGGGCCACCAUCGACAUUCCUUUCUCCUACGACAUUGACUCCAAUGUCAUUUAUUCUCAGAAAGAUCAGAUGUUCUACCUCCUCGCUACAGGAUGUGCCUACAUGGCUGCCUUGGAUCUCAAAAACAAUAAGAAGAAGCCCAAAUUUAUGAGGCUUCAGUUUGAGAACUUCCCUUUGAUACCACAGUACGAGUGGGAGAUAUUGGCUUCAUGUUUACAGAGUGGUUAUAUUGCAGAGUCGUCUUCUGGUGAACGUUUCAUUGUUCAAUGGUAUGUUGUGACAGUUAAACUCUCGAACAGAGAAAAAUUAAAAGAAAGUACCAAGCGAUUCAUGGUGUUUAGGAUAGAAGAUGACGGUGGUCAAUUAUACCAAGGAACAAGAAUCAUUGCUAACUACACAGAAAACAUUGGGGAUCUUUGCAUUUUCAUUGGAGAAAAUGAGACAUUCUGUUUAGAGGCAAGCAAGUUUCCUGGACUCAGGCCGAACUCUAUAUAUUAUGUUCGCUAUGGCUUUGGUGUUUACGAUAUUGGUAAGAAAAGCAGCCGUGAAUAUGAUCUAAAUGGUUUUCCUUGUAUUCAAGGAAGAACUUUAUUUCUGUCCCCUCUCCAUUAGCUAAAAUAAAAUGGUGAUCUCCCAACACUAGUUAUGUCACUAUAUUAUUAUCAUAAUAAAAUUGUGUUUGAUGUUUAGUAUGAUUUUUCUUUUCAAG